GAGCAGCUGCCGAGAUGAACUUCGUGAACGUGUUCUGGCUCUUCCUGUCGGCGUGUUUCUUCGUCGCGUUCUGCGCACACAAACUGGCGCAGCGCCUGCCGAGGAGGCACUUGACGGGUCGCGCGCACCUCGCGUUCCAGGACCUCAUUCGGUACGGGAAGACCAAACAACGCGUCCAGCGUGACGUCAGAGUGCGCGCGCUCGAGAUCCCCAAGAGGUGGUUCUGGCACUUCUACGCCAUCUCGGUGCUGUGGAACGGUCUUCUCCUGGCGCUGUACCUGAGCUUCACCUUCCAGCAGCGCGCGCUCCCGUCGUGGCUGACCGGACUCAUCGACAUCGUGGCCGACGCGCCGGCCGGGCAAGUCCCUCAGCUGUCCACCCUGCUGGUUCUGGUUCUGCUGUGCGGCCACUCGGCCCGCCGGCUGCUGGAGUGCCUGCUGGUCAGCGUGUACUCUGACGGGGUGCUUCACUUCAUGCAGUACGCCUUCGGCGUGUUCUACUACGUCGCGCUGGGCCUCACGGUGCUCACCGCCGACCGCCUGGGAGACGGGACCGGGCCCCUCCGCUCCCAGCUGGCCUGGUUCCACGGUGCUGGCGCGCUCCUCUUCCUCGGGGCCUCUGUGAUGCAGCACCAGGCCACGGUGCAGCUGGCCGGGCUCCGCAAGGGGAAGACGGGCGCGGUGGAGACGCUGGCCCACGUGCUGCCGCGGGGCGGCUGGUUCGAGCUGGUGUCCUGCCCGCACUACCUGGCCGAGCUGCUGAUCUACGUGGGCCUGAGCCUGGCGGUGGGCGGCCUGUCGCUCACCUGGUGGCUGGUGGUCCUCUACGUGCUGUUCAACCAGGGCCUGGCGGCGCAGCUGUGCCACGACCUCUACGCCAGCAAGUACGAGGCCUACCCGCGGCACAGGAAGGCCUUCAUCCCCUUUGUGCUGUGAGCGCGCCUCUUGUUGUUGUUGUUGUUGUGGGACUGUAAAAACAAAAUGUCUGAAGGUGCUUGAGGCUGCAGAAGGAUCCUCCACAGCUCUCCAGGUGAGAGGUGUGUGUCUGUAUAAUAGCGACGCAUAUCUCUAUGAUAACAUAUCAAUGUAACGUUGUUAUGUUUAUAAAAAGGCAGUUUUUUUUAGGUUCUUACAGCAACAUAAAGCACACUAUAGCAGCUAAUCUUGUAUAUAACGAGCAGCUUUUGUUACCAGAGAUUUAUAUUAGUAUAUUGUGACGGUUAUUAAAUCCAUGUGAGAAACUGAGCUUCUUUUCUCAUGGCUUGCUGUUUUUUCAUGAAUAUUAGGAAGUUGUUUUUUUUAUAAAUAUGAUGAACCUCGAUGUGAAACUAUUUUUGUUAUAAAAUACUUCACGUCUACACAAUAAAAUGAAAAACUAU